GCAUCGACAUUCUAGUUCAAUGCUAUAGAUAUGUAUGGUGUCACACACCAAAUAUGCGCAACGACUGGAUACGUUGAAAGUGGACCUGAUUUUCGGUGCUCUGCCGGGUACUCAUAAAUUUCCAUUAUGCGAAUUUUUCAAAUUCGCACAUUCACUAUGUUCUUGAAAUAUCGUGCAAGAUGACAUUACCUUAUUAUUGAAUUGCGCAAACUUCUGUAUGUGUGGACCCUUCUUAUCGCUUACUAUGGAUACUACGUCGAAAAACGCCCACUAAAUCGAAAGUGUGUGUCAGCACGAUAGUUUUGCGAAUAUCCUAUACAGAAAAGUGAUUCAGGAGUGUGAAUAAUUUUAUGCUGUGUACUUCUGGAGCUGAAGCGAGAAAAAAAUAGUGCGGUAAAAAACUGACCUAAGAAAAAAAGGACAAUGGGUAACCAAAGUUUGAUCGAUGUCAGCAUUUAGUCGCGUGAAGUGUUUAUCUUCUUACACAUUUGGCGUCAUCAUCACCAGCCAGCAUUGAAAAAAGGAAUAUAUCUACUAGCAGCAACGAAAACGAAGGAACGGCUAAUCAUGAAACACCUAAUGUGUAUCAUCGUAUUGAUUGUGCUUCAUUGCUGGGCCAAUGUGAGAGGUACACCAUUGAAGGUACGAACCUGUCUUCAGUACGGAACAACGUCUGCCACAAACACCAACAACCAGCAGAACCCGGAUAACUCGGACGAUUACGACAGCUAUGACGACCCAGCGGACUCCACAGAUGAUGGACUCAUUGACAAAAAUACCUCCACCGUGGUUUCUUGUUCACGAUAUGCCACCUUUUGCUACGCCUUAUGGACCGUAGACGCAGUGAAGAAUACAACUAAAAUUGUCGUGCAAGGUUGCUGGGAAGUCUCGGAUAAGAAGGAAACCUGCAUCAACAACGAGUGUAUCAGCUACAAGGAGACUAAAAGUGGUCACUUUUUCUGCUGCUGUUCGGGAGACAACUGCAACGGAAACUUCAGCUAUGCUACGAAUCCCACGCUGACCGAUGGUGGAGCCAAUUCGGCAUCAGAUGGCGAGUACACUCCGUUUGCACCGUACACUUCCAUCUGGAGUUCACCGACGGUUUACAUAUGCUUUGCCAUGGUUGGGAUUAUUCUGAUGUUGAUUAUUGGCUUUCUGACGUGUCGGAAGACCACGAAAGCCGUGUCGGAACUCGCUCCAUUGGCACCGUCCGGUCCGGGUUACAGUUCCAAUCUGUACAACGUGGAUAAUCUGAAACUGGUGUCCAUGAUCGGACAGGGAAAAUACGGGACUGUUUGGAAAGGUAUCGUGAAUGAACAGCACGUUGCAGUCAAGAUCUUUACAGCUCAACAAAGACAAUAUUUUCUGAAUGAGAAAGACAUCUACAGCAUACCUCUAAUGGAAUCACCAUCUCUGCUAAGUUAUUUUGGUUGUGAUGAGCGUAGAACUAUGGACGAUCGAAUUGAAUAUCUAUUGGUGUUGUCGUUGGCCCCCUUGGGCUGUUUGCAAGAUUGGUUAACCGAUAAUAGGAUGCCUUUCGGCGUUUUCUGUCGAAUGGGAAAAUCGGUGGCUAACGGACUUGCGCAUUUACAUACAGAAAUUCGCAAAGGAGAUAUAAUCAAACCAUGCGUGUGCCACCGUGAUCUCAACUCUCGUAACAUCUUGGUAAAGGCAGAUUUGUCUUGCUGCAUCUGUGACUUGGGCUUCGCGUUGAAAACCUUUGGACCUCGUUACGAAUGUCGUGGAGAGAUCGCUCUCGCUGAAACAAAAAGUAUCAACGAAGUUGGUACGUUGCGAUACAUGGCUCCUGAAGUGCUCGAAGGUGCGGUCAAUCUUAGAGAUUGUGAGUCAGCUCUGAAGCAAAUUGACGUCUACUCAUUGGGAUUGGUGCUGUGGGAGUUGGCAACAAGAUGUGAAGACUUUUAUUCUGAUGAAACCGCAGUUCCGGAAUAUAAGGCCCCUUAUGAAGAGGAGAUAGGUACCAACCCAAACUUCGAACAAAUGCAAAUUUUGGUAUCCAGAAAUAAGGCCAGACCAAGAUUCCCGAUAAACUACGAAAAAAGUGUGGCCGCUAAAGUAAUAAAAGACACAUGUGAGGACUGCUGGGAUCAUGAUGCUGAAGCUCGCUUAACUGCACUUUGUGUACAGGAACGGAUUCAGGAUAUUACCACAAUGAAUCCAAAAGCUCAGCUUCACAAAGGACAAACUCCGCCACUCAGCACAAACAAUUUGAUCAUCACAACACCUUCUGCCCACAGUAAGGUCAGCCCAACAGCAGUCUCUUUCAUGACUCCUCCCAAUCAACAAAUCAUUCCACACACAAAUCACUACAGUGAUACAAGCACUGGGUUAGCAAGCUAUCCGAAAACAAUGAACGCCUCCGUUGAUACUCGUCAGAAGAUUAUCCCAAAUGGCCUACAGAGACACAGCAUCAACGAUGCUUACAUACCUGAUGUAGAAGACAAAUUCAAAUCUCUGUCUCAUGACCAUCAACCGGAAGUUAUGUUCAGCAACCCCCGUGGCCUACCUAAGCUAGACAACAGCGAAACUCAACGCAAAAUACGAGGUUUGAACAGUGUCAAAGCUAUGCUGCAGAAAACGUUUCAUAAACCUCAAUCCUUGUCCCAGCAGGACUGUGACGAUAAAUCAAAUCUAGUCGUUAACUCCCUUACUUAUGCAGUAAACAUAGAAAAUUUUCCAUCCGAUCUAGUCAAUACUAACUCAAAUAGCCUCCAUAUUAACAUGAUCAACUCAGCAGAUAAUGACAUUGAAAAGCGUACCGUCGAGCGCCCAACCAAUCUGGAUCUGUCCUCGGGUAGCGGUCGUUACGAACACAACCUCAUACGAUCCGCCAACGAGAGCUCCAAAUUCAAAAAUCUUGCCGACGACUUCACAAGCCAGUCGUUCACCAUGAUCCAGUCAAACUCCCCGAAUCCCAAACUGCGUAUCGUGGUCUCCAAAUCGGCGAAUGCAGUGAAGAAUCUCAACUCCAGUAGAACCAGUCUGAGCGACCGUGGUCCAGACGAUAGCAAGUUCAUGAAGCGUCAACGCUCGCUGGAAGUGUUCCACGAAGUCUUCGGACCAAAAGGCAGCAUCGAAAGACUGCGCAAUCCGAGUCAACGGGUGAAAACUCCUGGCGAUGUGCCGCCAUCGGUUCGGAAAGUUCGAGCAUCGAAAACCCUCUCCCUGUACGAUGAUCGCAUGAUGGACACCAGUAAACUGGCCAACUCCGUAUAGCACGAGGAGGUACUUCUACUUGAGCUGUAGAAACGCGUAGUCGCGAGAGGGCUUAACAUAAGCAAACAACAACGCAAACAGGAGAAUCUCACACGAGUCGAUAGUGAAUAAACAUGUUCUAUAUUUCAGUUUUCUUUUAUAACCGUAAAUGAACUUUGAACAAAAUUACCUAUAAGGAUAAAACACGAUAUUUGUGUGGCUAGUCAUUUAUGUUCGGAGUUGUUCCACUUAGGAAGUAAAAAGAAAUCUCAACCUUCGUUAAGAUGUAGGAGGAAAGAUAGGAUCUAAGUUGAUCGUGGUGGUAUAAUGCAAAGUAUGUAUGCAAUUAUGUACCCAAUGGAAAAGACUUACUUGUAGGCAAGACAAAAGUAGAAUAUCUUGAUAAAAAAACGCACUAUUCCAUGACAGUGAGAAACGUAUUGAACGAUAAUUAUUACUCAAAAGAAAUAAAACACUGAAGUGUUACACAA